GAAAUAUUCACUGGUCUAGUUUCUAAUGUAAUUGUAAUUUAUUCAUUUUUUAUUGAAUCAAAGUUUUAACAGCAUUUUAAAACACAUGUUCUUCUGUCUUUCAUUUUGAAGAGCUACUCACUUCAAGAAUUUUAACAAAUACUGUGUACAUAAUUUUAUGAGAAAGAGUUUUUAAUAAUUAAGUUUAGAAUCAUAAUGGUGCGCGUAAUAUCACAAAAGACAUAUGAUGAUGUUGUUAAAGAAAAUAUUGAAGAAUUAUCCAUGGAGCCCCAAGAAGCAAUUGCUGAUGCUAUUGCUCAGUUUGAAGCACAGGGUGUUGAUUUAUCUAAUAUCGUGAAAGAUUUAAUUAUGACUGAUCAAGGAGUUACAAGCCAAAUUACUUCUGCACUGCGAUUUAUAAACGAUCUUUUAACUGAUUAUAAAUAUGCUGCAGAUAAAGAGAUACUAUGUAAUUUGAAAGUUUUGUCCACGGAGUGCAAAAAGGAUAUAGCCCAUCGACUACUGGCAGCAAAUGAAAAUGCAUAUAAUACCAUAUUGUUAUGUUUAAGUAAAUGCUCACAUAAUGACGAUAUUGUAACAAGUUGUAUACAAGCUUUAAUUUCUCUCAUGGAUGGGCAACCUGAUCUGUUGGAUGAUCAAGGAGUCACUUAUAUGAUAGAAUAUCUUACAGAGCCAAAAGAGUCUCCAUUGAAGUCUCUUAUUUUACAAUGGGUUUAUAUCUGCUGUCUUAAACAUGAAAUGAACAGACAAAAAAUAUUUAAUUCAGAUAUACUACAGUGCUUAAAAUCUAUGUUGCCAAAAGCCGAUAAGCAAGGUCUUAAAGAUAUAUGUGCAGUUCUGAGAGCUUUAUGUCUUGAUGAUGAUGUCAGAGUCGAAUUCGGACAAGCACAUGAACAUGCUAGAGUUAUUGCAUCAGAUACUUUGUGUUCAAUAACUUCGUUAUUGGCAAAAUUCAGAAUGGAUGAACAAAUAGUUAGUGAGUUAAUGUUGACUCUUUCUGCUUUACUCGUCAGACAUGAAUUUUGCCAAAUGGUUGUAGACUGUGGCGGAUUACGAUUUAUAUUGGAUUCAAUGGUUGAAUUUGGUGAAAAUUAUAAAGUUAUAAAACAAAGUUUUAAACUAUUGAAAGCACUUGCUGGAAAUGAUGAUGUAAAAUUGCAAAUUAUUAAAAAUGGUGGUGAUAAUAUUAUUGCUUCUUCUUUAGAAGCUCAUAAGGAAAAUGAAGGGACAGUGGUAUCAGGAUUAGCAUGUGUUUCAGCUUUAACAUUACGAGCUCCCUCAAAUAGUAAAGCAUUUUAUGAUAAUGCAAUACCUCAGAUCAUAGCAACAUGUAUGGAAAUGCACAGAAAUAGUUUAUAUGUUCAGAAAAUGGCAAGUUGGGCAAUACGUAAUAUGGUUUCAAGAGCUAGAGAGCAGUGCGAAACAUUCAAAAGAUAUGGCGUAGAAAAGUUUUUAAAUGAGAACAUCACUAAGUUCCCGGAUUGUGAAUAUGAUUUCAAAGCAGCCCUUCGUGAUUUGGGUUGUGAUGUAAAAUUGAAAGAAGAAUGGACUGGAAAAGGAGGCAAAAUUCAGACAGCCGAAAAUAAAGAUGGAACAUCAAAGGAUACUAAUUAAUUGCAGAAUUAUGUAUGGUCGUCAAGC